GUGCAUUGUAUCCAAUCACAAAUUUUGUCAUUGCAACAUGCUCUAGCGCUUGGUCACAUCCGGUCGUAUAUAUGUUGCCACGAGUUAGCGGCGAAUUUGGAGAGUGUCCAUUUUGUGCAGCAAGUCGGCGUAUCCAGUAUUUUCUUUAAAUCUCUUCAAGAAACCACUAUCACAAUGGCAGAUGUUGAUAGUCUGCUCAUGGAGACAUCAGAGCAGAACGGCAAUGAGGGAGAGGAUGACCAAAAUGGAGCCGAGCAGGAGCUGAUGGGUGCUGAUGAGGACAAUGAGACCGAUGGAGGAAAAAUUGAUGCCAGCAAAGAGGAGGAGGAUGCUGGGAAAUUGUUUGUGGGUGGCCUCAGCUGGGACACGAGUAAAAAGGACUUGAAAGACUACUUCAGUAAAUUUGGCGAAGUAUCAGACUGCACUAUCAAAAUGGACUCAAACACCGGUCGGUCCCGAGGCUUUGGCUUCGUUCUCUUCAAAGACUCUGCCAGUGUUGACAAAGUGCUGGAACAGAAGGAACACAGACUGGAUGGACGCCAGAUUGAUCCUAAGAGGGCGAUGGCCAUGAAGAAGGAGCCUGUCAAGAAGAUCUUUGUCGGUGGUUUGAACCCUGAGGCUACAGAGGAUGCAAUCCGGGAAUAUUUUGGGGAAUUUGGCGAGAUUGAAACUAUUGAACUUCCCAUUGACCCCAAAUCAAAGAAAAGGAGGGGGUUCAUUUUCAUUACAUUUAAAGAUGAAGCCAGCGUCAAGAAGUGCUUGGAGAAGAAAUACCACAACAUUGAGGGUGGCAGGUGUGAACUAAAGAUCGCCCAGCCAAAGGAGGUGUACCAGCAGCAGCAGUACGGAGGUGGGCGUGGUGGUUACGGAGGUCGGGGAGGCAGGGGCAGAGGAGGUCAAAGCCAGGGCUGGAAUCAGGGCUAUGGAAACUACUGGAACCAGGGCUACGGUAACCAAGGCUAUGGCUAUGGUGGAUACAGUGGCUAUGGCAACUAUGACUACUCUUCUGGUUACUAUGGCUAUGGAGCGGGAUAUGAUUACAGCCAAGGCAGUGCUAACUAUGGGAAAACCCCAAGACGGGGGGCACACCAGACCAGCUACAAGCCAUACUGAUCACAUGGUAUUGCGAGGACUUCAGUGAUGUAUUAACACCGACGGCUGAACAGACUUGCUGGGCCUAACGCGACCUCUUUUAUGACAGAAGACCAUUUGUACAGAAAACAUCUGAAAUGUAACUUUUCCAUGUGUUUUUUGUUUUUUUUGUUUUUUUUAGGUUUUAUUUUCCCCUUUGGUGUUCUCUUCUUUUCCUUCCCCUUUACUUCCUCCACAUUUCCAUCAGUGGAAGUGUAAUUUUUACUGUACUUUUUGGUACCUGUUUUGAUUCUAUUGUAUUGUAAGGGUUGUAUUUUACAUGUUUGCUGGCUUUACAGGUUGGAAAUCUUGGCGCUGUAAAGGAGCUUUUUUGACAAAUAAAACAGUUUUCAGUAA